CAAAAUAAAGAUUAUUUUCAUACAACAAUUGGUAUCAUUGAUUGAACCUCACUUUUUGGCCAUCUUGCCUGUCGGCGUCACAUAGGAAAAUAACUCCUUAGCAUUCGACACAUAACCUGAAACUCAGCUAUCAAAAAUGGAAUUUUCAGACGAUUCGAUUAAAAAGAUUAUAAAUAAUCAUGGCAUUAAUUUACUCAACGACGAAACAUUUGAUAAUUUACUGAGUUUUGCUGUCACUCGGAUUUGUGAAGAAGCAACGGAUAAAACCCUCGCAGAAAUUUAUGGAUCAGAACCAGAUCUAGUUAAAAAUGCUUACACAGGAAUCACAAGUUUAUUCGUCGAAGCCGCAAGGCAUGAUUUAGGGAUAGAAAAAUUAUCGGAAUCGUUAAAUAGCUCGUCCCUCAAUAAAGAAAAAAUAGAAAAAUUGUGUGAAGCCUUCGAAAAAAACAAGGAACGAUUUAAACACAAGUUGGAAAUCGUUGGAGGUGGACUUCCUCAUCUUGUGGAUGUCACCUGGAAACUGGAUUACUGCAUAAAAUCAAACUCUACCGAUUCAGUUGGUAUGCCUAUUUAUCAUGUGAGCCUUCAAACGACUAAAUACGGAGACUCAAAAUUUCUAAAAUUCACUUGUACUUUACAGCAGUUACAAGAAUUGGUUCAUAAAUUAAAAGAUGCUGUACGCCAUAUGGAAAAGCUCGCAAACUAAUUCAUUUUAAGUUAUUUUUUAAAAUAAAAAAAUGGUAUAUUGUAAUUCGCAAGUUAUUUACAUAGUUUAUAAAUAAAUGUAUUAUUACAAUAA